CCAUACCAGAAGAGAACUGAAUAAAUGAGUCACAACCACAACUCCCACAUCAAUAACACUUGGAUCAAGAUGGCGGCCGAGGGAGAGUACGAGUCAAUCCUGUGCGUUAAACCCGAUGUCAACGUCUAUCGCAUCCCGCCGCGAGCCUCAAACCGGGCGUACAGGGCGGCCGACUGGAAGCUGGACGCUCCAGACUGGACCGGUAGGAUGAGGAUCACAGCCAAGGGCAAAGUGGCCUUCAUCAAACUGGAGGACAAAAUCUCAGGGGAGCUGUUUGCCCAGGCACCGGUGAAGGAGUAUCCAGGUGUUGCAGUGGAAACCGUCAGCGACUCCAGCCGCUACUUUGUUCUGAGGAUACAGGAUGAUAACGGUCGCAGCGCUUUCAUCGGAGUCGGCUUUGGGGACCGAGGGGACGCCUUUGACUUUAAUGUGGCUUUACAGGAUCAUUUUAAAUGGGUGAAACAGGAGCUUGAGCUCAGUAAAAACGCCCACCUGGGGGAUUCAGGACCGAAGCUGGACCUGGGCUUCAAGGAGGGACAGACCAUCACGCUCAACAUAGGGCAAGGUAAAAGGAGGGAUAAGCCCCGCCCACAAGGCUCAGGUGGAUUCGGGCUCCUCCCGCCGCCACCUGGAGGCAAGAUAGCCCCGCCUCCUUCGACGGGCUUAUCCAAUCACAACAUAGUCCCUCAGACAGGAGGCACGGCCACAGGCUGCCUGCUGGAGCUGGACAAUAGUAACUCUAACACGGUGGUUCAGUCCAACCCUAGUUCAGAUCUUUGGGGAGACUUCUCUGCUCCUGCAAGCUCUGUUCCAGCUGCGCCGCGACCACAGAACGCCACGAACUGGAUCCAGUUCUGAGCCCCCGGCCGCCGUCCGGCCGCCGUCCGGCCGCCAUCUUUCUUCAUCUCGUCCGUGUGCGUCGCUUCCUGUGCAUCGCUGAGAGUUAACUCCCACACACACUGAACCCAAAGCAGAGACGUUAAAACACCACAACAGCUGUAGAAUCACCUCACACCCACAAAACAAAAAACAAAAAACAAACAAAUAAAAAGAAUCACAUUUAGUUCAGAAGAAUCCUGACAGGAAAUGAGUUAAAGCCAUUAAGUGAUAUGAGCCAUUUCCCAUUUAAUAUUUAAGGGCUAUGUGUCUGCGUCUCCUUCCCACUAGGUGGCGCUCUCCCUCUUCGGUCUAAAGGUGAAAACCCCUUAAAUUCAGCCUGCUGUGUAGUGAAUCAUGUGCAAAGUUAAAAGUUUAGGCUUGAAUUAAAGAAAUAAAAUUAAAUCAGAUUUAAAAUUAGUUUAAAUUGUAGAAAAACAAGAAGAGUUAAUGAAGUUUUACCUCAUUGGGAGGAGUUUUUCCUACACUGUGAUAUGUGGAGUAGUACAACCUUUGCCUGCUUCUUGCUUUAUUUCUAUAUUUAUUUAUAGAAAGGAGGCCAAACGUGCCAAACUGAUGAUUUAAGCUGAUUCAUAAAUGAGAAAAUAUAAAUUCUCAACACUCAAAGUGUUAAACAUCUAAAACUACUGCUUAAAAAACGCCUUUAACGCCACAGGAAUCAAUGAGAUUAAGGUUGAAAAGGGAACGUUUGCUCAACCUAUAAGUUUCUGUUUACACUGUGAGAUCACAUCUCUGUUUACCACUUCUUCUUCUUCUUCUUCUUUUAUUAUUAUUAUUAUUAUUGUUUAAUUUAUUGGCAGACGUUUUGUUUUGUUGCUGGAAUCUGAGGUCAAAUCCAGACGUGUGCUCUUUAUUUAUGCGUCACGUGAUUUGACUCGACUGCGGUUUAAAAGGAGGUGAUUAAACGGCCCAUUUAGUGAUAAAUGACAUAAAUCUGAGCGUAAACGUAGGACGUAAAGGCUCGUUAACAGGGUGAGGUUUUAGUUUCCUGAUUUCCCGACUUGCAUGAAGUCUGAAGGGAACGUUUGCGGCGAAGAGGAGAUUUUUAUAUUGCUGCUUUUUUCCUUUUUUACGUUUAUGGGAAUUAUAAGUGAAAUGUUUACGCGCAGAGAUGCAGUGACUCGCGAGGGUCACGUCUAAUUAUGACGAACGGAAACCAGAUUAAAUCUGAAUGUGCAGGAAUCUUUAAGAGUCGGAAGAGUUUGACAAUCUGAGGAAAAUGUUUUUUUGUUUUUUCUGGUCCAGAGACAAAAAUCUGUGAUUGUGUUUCUCAAAUUAUGUCAAACUCUUUGUCUAGAGAGAAAGAGACGAGGGAAUUGAACUUAAAUGACGAGAAGUCUGUUUCCUUUUAGAUCAGAUCAGGGGGAAAGAAAUGAUUGUGUCACUUCAUCUGAAUGUAUGUGUGUCUUUGACCUCCUGAGACCCAACGUUUAGUAUAAAGUAUAAAAACUAAUGUGCAUCAAAUGUAUAAAACCACUUUAACACCUCAACAUUACUGAGUAAAAACAGGAUUUCAAACAAUAAAGUCCCAACGUCCUCAAAUGGGCUUUUUACUGUUGACAAAAUGAGUUAAAUUUGCAUCAAACUAUAAAAGUUAAAGAUCAUAAACAAGUUUCAACCUUAAAACAUGAUGAGGUUUUGUGAUUAGCUGCAGAAUGAAUGACCGCAUUGACCCUUUGCUGCCACUAGAUGGCAGACUGAAGCGUCCACUUAUGAGGACGACGGCUCUAAACGAAGCGGAAUCAGAAACUUGCCGUCCCCGUACGAGGACGCAGGGUCUCAGGAGGUUGAGGUUUAGCUGUGACCGGGUCUCAUGAAUCGUAGUGAACCCGCUUUGACACACAGCGCUGAUUUAAUAUGACAAUAUGUUGACAUGUGUGUAUGUGUUGUGUUUACAUCGCUCGCAUCGCUGGCUAACGUAUAAAAAUAAUAAUAAUAAAAAAAAAAAAAUGUCUCCCAUUUCUCAGUCGCUCCACUCUGACUUUUAAAGGUUUGAUUUAUGACCCGUUUAACGAGAAAGAGGCAAUAAAUCCUGUCAACGGGA